AUGGAACCUUUUGUCAGUAUCAAUCAAAUUGAAAGGGCUGCUAAUAGUGAUCUCUAUAUUACAGCAUUGUAUGCUAAAUGCACUCCGAAAGAAAGGAGAGAGUUGUGGAGUAGUUUAGAACUAACAAAUCUUCAGGUGAAUGGUCCAUGGUGCAUUGGGGGUGACUUCAAUGUCAUCCUAGACCCUGAUGAGAAAAAAGGUGGCAGACCUCACAGAAUGAAUAAAAGUCUGGAAUUCAGUACGUGCAUAGAUAACUGUGGAAUGAUGGACUUGGAUUUUGUUGGGCCAAAAUACACAUGGUGCAGCAAUUGGGAAGCAAGAAGAAGAAUAUGGAAGAGAUUAGAUAGAGUAGUUGAAGAAGUCUGGAGGAAUCAUGUUAAUGGAAACCCUCUGUGGAGACUUCAACAAAAGCUUAAAAUGUUGAGCAGAAGGCUGACUCAAUGGUCUAAAGAAGACAUUGGCAAUGUGUUUGAUCAAGUUCACUAUUGGGAAAACAAAAUGAAGGACCUUGAACAGAGUGAUCUCAAGAACAAUAAUGACAUCACCAGGACUGAAUUAAAUAAAGGCCAGGCUGAAUACAUUAGAUGGAUGGGGAUGCAGGAUGACAUUCUCAAGCAGAAAGCUAGAGUGAACUGGUUCGAAGAAGGUGAUGCUAACACUAAGUACUUUCAUAGCACUAUCAGGGAUAGAAGGAGAAGGCUCCAAAUUCAAAAAAUUAAAGACCACAGAGGACACUGGAUUGAGGGUGAUUCUAACAUUGGCAAGACAGUUGUCCUGCAUUUUCAACAAUUCUUUAACAUCAAUCACCACUUCAAUGAUCAAAAUAUCAUCAAUGGUAUCCCCCAAUGUGUAAUUGGUGAUGACAAUGAAAUCCUCACAGCCACACCUGAUACUGAAGAGAUUAGAGAUGAUGUUUUCAACAUGAGUUCUACUAGUGCAACUGGGCCGGAAGGGUAUAGUGGGAAAUUCUUCCAAACCUGCUGGGAUAUCAUUAAGGAGGAUAUUACUGAUUUUGUUCAAGCAGUCUUCAAUUGUAGGAGGCUCACUAAAUUCUUCUCUCAUACUUGCUUAGUUCUUAUUCCUAAAGUGGACUCUCCUAGUAGUUUCUCGAAUUUGAGACCUAUUAGUUUGAGUAAGUUUACGGCCAAGAUUAUCUCCAAGAUCCUUUCCAGAAGGCUAAAUCCUAUUCUAGGGAAGCUUAUUUCAGAAAAUCAGAGUGGUUUUGUGAAAGGAAGAUUGAUCACUGAAAACAUUUUGCAAGCACAGGAGAUUGCUCAAGGUGUGAACAAGAAGAACAGAGGAGGUAAUGUUAUAAUAAAACUCGACAUGGCAAAAGCAUAUGAUAGAAUUUCCUGGACCUUUCUGAUGGCAGUUAUGAGAAAAUUUGGCUACUCUGAAAACUGGAUUGACAUUAUCUGGGGGCUCCUACAAGGUAUCUAA